AUGGUCGUUACGGCCGCUGCCGCCAACCUCCAAGGCAAGAAUUUGUCGCUGUCCCUUGAGCCUGACAGACACGAUCUCCGCAUCAAGUCUUUUCCCGUCCUAGCACAUACUAUUCUCCAAAGCACCAUGAGCUUUAUCUUCCCACACUCCCAAGAUGAGACGUACGAGACGUGCGAGACUAGCGCAAAUGUAGACGUUUGCGCAUCAUGUCGCCUGAGAGACCUGGCCCAGAGCGACAACCCGAAUCCGCUCCUCUCUGAAUAACGUGGUUUUCCACGAUCUGGCCUCCUCGCACUCCGCUGCGUUCACACCAAGACUCACACUCCGUAGUAAGACGGGGGGUGUCACAGAAUGGCCGUGGCAGGGCUCGCAAUUUUCUGUGCCAGUGGGCUACCGGCAGAUCGCUCCUAUGGUCAAAGUGAUAAUGUGGCUGGAUGAGAAUAGGAGAACGACGCGGUGUAAAAGUGGAUUUUGAUAUAGGCCAACAAGGCGCAUUCACAGAUCAACGUUUCGUGGGAACGAUCAGUGCCAGC